AUGGCAAGGCUAAAGUCCGGCAGUGGUCGGCGGCCGGGUGGAAAUAGCGUAGCUCUACACCACGAUUGGCCAGUUCAGCAACUCGACGUUGCCAACGCUUUUCUUCACGGCAAGCUGGACGAGACAAUAUAUAUGACCCAACCCAAAGUAUUUGAGGAUCAAACAAAUCCAAACUAUGUGUGUCAUCUCCACAAAGCCAUAUACGGUCUCAAACAAGCACCUCGCCAAUGGUACAAUACUCUCACGUCGUAUCUAGUCUCCAUCGGCUUCAACCAUAGUACUUCAGAUCCCUCGCUUCUCACAUUGCGGCAGAACAACUCGCAAGCCUACUUCCUUGUCUACGUAGAUGACAUUCUCAUCACAGGAAACAAUAUUGAGCUGAUCAACAAUAUCAUAAAUCAGCUAAAUCAAAAGUUCAAUAUGAAACAACUCGGUCCAGUUCACUCUUUCCUGGGCAUUCAUAUUGAUCGCACCCCUAAUCAAUUUUUUCUUUCUCAACAGGCAUAUGCGGAGUCUAUAUUACAGGUUGCUCAACUCGGCAAUUGCAAACCAUUAGCCAAUCCUACCUGCACAAAAUUGCCAUCCAAUCUCUCUGAGGAUCCGAUUCUGAGUAAUCCCGCAACUUAUAGGAGAUUGACCGGGUCCCUCCAAUACUUAACGCUCACACGACCCGAUAUCUCCUACAGUGUCAACCUCUUAUCACAACAUAUGCAUCAACCGCUGCAUCACCACAUUUAUCUUCUCAAAUGGCUAUUACGCUAUAUCAAAGGUACUCUCAACUAUGGUAUUCCUAUUAUAAAAUCUAAUUUGCAGUUAUCUUCAUUUUCAGAUGCCGAUUGGGCUGGAGACCCUACAUCCCGGAAAUCCACAUCUGGAUUUUGUUCAUUUCUCGGUGAUACAUUGAUAGCCUGGACAGUGAAGAAGCAAACGACAGUAGCUCGGUCAUCUACUGAGUCAGAAUAUCGUGCACUCGCCGCCCUUACAGCUGACGUCGUAUGGUUGAGACGAAUCCUCACUGACUUCGGGAAUUCUACCAUUAAUGUUGAUCUGAACAAGAAGAAGAAAGAAGCUGGAAUACGAUUCAAGCUGAUGUCUUAG